GGCUGUGACAGAAGUCAACAAGAAGUGAUCGGGGUUCUGUCGUGAGACGCUAACAUCUCACAGCGAGGUGGCGCUUAUUGCUAUUUCCACGCCUCCGCUGGUGAAGCUCCCACGGUGCGUUCGUUUUACUGACCCGCUGCUGCUGCUGCUGGUGGUGGGGACAUCUUCCCUUGUGUCUGUCUCUACUUUUAGUUUGAGCCCGUGUGGGAACAGACUGAUAUCGGUACAAAGAGGAGGAGGGACCAGUGAUACGUUGACGCAACCGAGUCGCUCGGGUCAGUUUCCCUGCCCACCCCUCAGCAGAGGCUGGCGGAGCCACUCAUCUGGCACCCCGGUAGGUGGGGCUGACCCGGCGGGCUAACCCUGCCUCUGGAGCUGGGCCCCACCGAGCCCAUGUGGCCAACGCUUCUCACUAUGUGCUGGUAGCAGCGCUCCUUCCGCAGAUGAAUGUAACCCUCAAACCAAAAACAAUAAUCCCGCUAACGAAUUCAAAUUAAUUCCAUGGCCCUGAGAACUUAAUAAAGAGCGUUUCCCGACACAGUGAAGGUACAGAUCCUUUGCAGGGGCUCAGGUUGUUUCCCGCUGCAGCCAUUCGCUGCCGCGCUCCUCCCUGUUCGCCACCGGGACCCGAGUACACGCGCAUCAUCGAGGAGCUGGAGCUUCGCUCCCCUCCUCCAGGCAGGCACCGCCCCCUGUUACGCAGGUGACGACAGCAAAAUAAAGUGAUCGGCGUUGAAAUGAACCAAUGAGAUGCGCGUGUGUCCCGCGUCAAACGGGACUGACGCCUCGCUGUCGAAUCGCCGGCGAGAGGCGGGACCUCGCAACAAGGCCCGCCCAACGAGAGAGCCCCUGCACGGUCGCCAGGGAAACCCCGUCGCGUGGCUGUGUGUCAGUUUCAGUGGAGCCCGCGGUUGGUGCCGGUGCGGAGGGGGAUGGGCGCCUCUGCGAGUGUGAGCACCCGAGACAGAACCAGAGCCCUGGAUCACAUAGAGCAGCAUAUACCCCAUUAAGUAAAUAUACUGCACACCAAAAUACAUGGAUUAACCCACCGAGGACCUGUCAUAGACACUGAAUGGAUGCAUUGCACCUGGACAGGACAGGGGAUUUCACUUUACGUCUGUGCGUGGGAGACACCAAGAAGUUUGUUUUCUACCCCUGGAGAGGGAGCUACUUUUAAGGGCAAAGGAUACAGGAGACUCCGAGGCCUGCGCACAGGCCUACUGGGCUGGUUGGAUUUGAUGUAGGGAUACUCUGAUGACUCGCUACCGUGCAUGAAUUUACGUCGUUUGUACACAUUUGGAAUGCCUCUUUAGGUCCCCCAUGACCGUGAGCCGUGGGCUGCGGCUCAGUGGCGCCCCACCUCUGGAGUGGUCUGCUGCUAUAGCUGGGACCUUGUGAUUCCUCUCCCCACCUCUCCAACUCCCCCUGUCCCAUCCUGUCCCUCCCCUCCCCAUCCCGCCCUUCCUCCCCCUCUUCCCCCCCUCCCACGCGCCGCUGUGCUGGACGUCAUGAGCAUAGUAAUUGCGCUGGGAGUCACCACACCUGAAACGUCUUACUCAGAUAUGGCUGCUGGAUCCGACCCUGAGUCAGUUGAAGCAAGCCCUGCCGUGAAUGAGAAAAGCUUCAACAACCACAGCUGUGGGAGUGCACAGAGUCAUGGGUAUCGGGGACUACCAUAUGCUAUGCAACAGUCUUCCGUUGUGUGUUGUCAGGAUCACAACUAUGGCGCACCCCCACCCCCUACCCCACCCGCCUCCCCGCUUUCCCAAACCAUCAUCCCCCGCAUGGAUCUCAACGGCGUGGUCCUCGGCUCUCGCUAUCAUGAAACUACAGAGGACAACUCAGCGGACAGCGACAGCUCCUCAGAGGAGGACGGGGCCGUGGACAGCUGGUGUCACUGCAGCCUGACGCCGGAUGGCCUGCUCAUCAAAUGUGACAACUGCAGAGGACUCGACAGGAGGAAAGGACCAGAGGGCCAACACAGGAAGACAGAAAAUAUCUCAGCUGGAGAAAGUAGUGCCACAGAGAGUGGUGAUGAAGAGGUGUCGCCGUCCACCAUCUCCUACACCGCCACCCAGCACACACCCACCAGCAUCAAACUCACUGUCAACCGGGUUAAAAGGAGCAAAUCCAAAAAGAGGAAGAAGAGCACGGAAAAGGCUCGUGGGACGCCAAAAGGCAAAAAAGUCAAGGCUUUUAGAGAGGGUUCCCGGAAGUCCAUGAGGAUGAAGAACUCUACAACAGAGGCCAGCGUGCUAGAUGAGAACACAGUGGAGGGCUGGGAAAGCAGGAUCCGCCAGUGGACAGACCAGUAUGAGGAGGCUCUGGCAAACCAGUACAGCGCUGAUGUCCAGACACUGAUGCAGCUUCAUCGUUCUGCCAGCACCACCACCUCCAAAACUGAGAGUGGUACCACAACGCCUUCCUCCACCACACAGAUCCAAACCUCUGUUGAUGCCAUGGACACCAUCAACCGCACUGAGCUGGCCUGUAACAACACAGUGCUGGGCUCACAGAUGCAGCUCCAGUUAGGGCGGGUAACACGGGUGCAGAAACACAGGAAGAUCCUCCGAGCAGCCAAGAACCUGGAACCAGACACGCUCAUUAUUGAAUAUCGGGGAAAGGUCAUGCUCAAACAACAGUUUGAAGUCAACGGGCACUUCUUUAAAAAACCCUACCCUUUUGUGCUGUUUUACUCAAAAUGUAACGAUGUCGAGAUGUGUGUUGAUGCACGGACCUUUGGAAAUGACGCACGCUUCAUCAGAAGGUCCUGUACCCCCAACGCUGAGGUCCGACAUAUGAUUGCUGAGGGUAUGAUCCAUCUCUGCAUCUAUGCUGUCAGUCAAAUCACAAAGGACGCUGAGGUCACCAUUGGAUUUGACUAUGAGUUUAAUAGCUGUAAUUACAAAGUGGAUUGUGCCUGCCAUAAGGGCAACCAGAAUUGCCCGGUGCAGAAGCACAACCUGACCCCCAGAGAGAACUUUUUGAGUCCCCCUUCUCUGCUGCCUCCCUCUCCUCUGAUUGGUGCCGAGACCCGGCGGAGAAAAGCUCGGAGGAGGGAAAUGGAGGGUGGCCUUGCCAGCGAUAGCAACCAGACCCUAGAUGAGCACCAGGAGGCCAGAGAGCUGCAGGGGACAAGUGAUGCAGAGGAGAGUCUAAUGGAUGAGAUGAAGGUGGAAGAGGGAGAGGAUGGAGAGGUGGAUGAAAAUGGGGUCACCAUCUCCAGUAAAAAAACAUUAAACAUCCUGGAGAGGAGGCGGAGGAGAGUGGGAGGAACAGAGAUAAAGGAGGAGGGUGUAGAAACUGAAGAUGGGGCAGGAAACCCUGCAGGGAACACGCCAAUACCCCACAGCACAGGUGUUGGGGUCAGCACGCGACGUACCACCUAUGUAAUGGAAGCGCCAUCUAUUGAAGAAAAGACCUCAUUACCCUACCCCACUACCCCAGUUGCCCCCUCUAAACCUGCGCGACCUACCAAGCCUCGGCCCAAAAGUCGUAUCUCUCGCUACCGGUCAAGCUCAUCGCAGCGGGCCCGGCGGCAGCGUCAAGCUCUCGCCCAGCAGGCAGCAGCAGCUGCCGCAGCUGCAGCAUCGGCGGCUAUGCCGUCAUCAGCUGAGCAAGGGGCGGCUCUGGAUGAGGAGGGAUCUCAGGGUCCAUAUGGUGGUGAACAUGGCCAUGGAGAGAGCAGUCUAGGGGGUCAUCUCCUUGAUGGAGAUGGACAGGGUCUAAACUGUAUAAAUAGAGGCAACUUGCGCUACCCCAAAACCAAGAAGUACCUUGUGACUGAGUGGCUGAAUGACAAGAUCCCUGGAGGGGAGAAGAUCCAGCAAGAGGUGCCCAUUGAGCGCCCCCUGAGGAUAACCACUGACCCCACGGUGCUGGCCACCACCCUCAAUAUGCUGCCAGGUCUCUCCCACUCAUCGCUCAUUUGCACCACACCGAGACACUACGUCCGCUUCGGCUCCCCCUUUAACCCAGAGAGACGCAGGCCCCGCCCACUCCAAAUGGAUGGCACUUACGGCUGCUACAAAAAGAGAUGGAUAAAGCAGGUGGAGGAUGAAAGCUGUUCAGUCAGUAUGGAAGAUGGCACAGAGUCCACCUCCUCUCAGCAAAGUACCAGUAGCAGAUCCACCCCCAACCCCCUGUCUACUGAACUCAAUCCUCCGUUUAAAAAGCGCCUCUCCAAGUAUGUGGCAGAGACACCAGCACCCUCAGACAACCUGCUUCGCCCACUGUCACCCAUCACGCCGCCACUCCCAGAGGAAUCCCUCCACCCGCUGCUCCAUACCCCCUGUGGCUCCUUGCUGCCCAAUGGCCUGAUCUACUCACCCAUGCCCUCGCUACCCGCAAGCCGCUGCAACACACCGCUGCAAUUCGAAAACAUAUCGUCCCCUGAGGCGUCUCCUGUUCACCGGCCAGAGUCCAUCUCACCUGAGCCAUGUCUUCAAUCAGACUUUGAAGUCCCUCGGCCUCAGUUCCCAGACCUUUCACUCCCCUCCAGUUUAGAGAGCCCUGUGGCCAUGACCUCAGAUGACCUUUCUCUUCCUGGAUGCGCCUCAGGCCCAGAUUCCCAGGGUCCAUCAUGUGUUGGGACCAGCUCCCUAAACCCAGUGUCCUGUCCUCCCUCAGACCUAAACCCCCAAAACAGGGAGCAGGCCUUCAGGACAGAGUUCAACCUCAUAUACACCUGUUCGCCCCUCAAUGCAAACCUGGGAAACCCUGUGGCCCCCGAUUGCCGCCAGUCCCUGUCAGAAGGAGGCUUUUCCCCUGCAGAGUCCUUCCACAGUUCCAUAAGUGGCCAGGGGCUGAUGGGAGAUAUGGGCCCCGGCUCUUUGUCACCCUACGGUGAGCCUCAUUAUGGGGGAGGCUACCCAGACAGUGGCACACCUCCUCACACCAGCAACCCACCACAAAAGAGGAAGAGGGCCAACCAGCAUACCAUUAGUCUGCUGACAGGGAAGCCAGAUUACCAGGCUAUAGCUGUAAGAAGUGAAUACAAGCCAGUACAAAAUAUGGUGUCUUUGCUGGAGUACCGCAAGAGGAAGCAGAGCAGCGGUCGAGACCCAGAGCCCUUUGGCAGCAGCUCCUCCCUGGGUGGCACCCCAACCCGACCUGGCUCCCAUUACAGCCAGGAAUCCCACCACACCCAUUCCCAUCAACAGAUGCAGCCUCCAGCCUCCCCGCACAGCUCCUUCUCUUCCUCAACACACAUCAACCCUAUACCACAGAUAGAGGAGGUCAGUCCUCCAGACCACCAGGGCCCGUCAGCGCAGCCCAGGCGCCAGGUCAACAACCAGUGGAUGGUUCCCACUACUGUUGAACGUCUAAGGGAAGGCCAGGGCGCCCUCGAGCGAGUGCUAAGAAGCAUUAAGAUGGAGCGGAUAUAUAAGAGGAGUGACGGAUCGACAGAGAAGGAGUUUGAUGGGGAUCGAUAUGAGAUGCAGGCAGCGUCCAUGGCUUCUCCCAUGAAGAGUCCCCACAGAUACAGUCCCUCCGUGUACUCACACCAGUCAUCAGAAAGCCACCGGCAGACUGACAGCCCGUCGCUCCGCCAGCAGACCUCCACCUCUCCAUUCCCGGGAUCCUACAGUCCCUCAUCAGGCCAGAGCUUCUACGCACGCCACCCCUCCCACCCAGGAAUAUCCCAGGACCAUACACCAUCCACCUACCCCAGUCACUCCCCCACCCCCACCUCAUCCUCAGACUCGCGGCCGCCCGCAGGGUCUCUACACCAGCAGAGUAGCAGCAGUAACCCGGACAGAGGCCAUGGCUAUGGCAGCAGCCACUUAAAAGCGAGUCUUUUGAACAGCAGUGGCCCGGCAGGGUCCCCCGCCCCAGGACCCAGGGCCCAUGGGCAGAGUAAAAUAGACUCGGGCACCCUGGCCUCCAGAGGGAGUCAGCAGCAGGCGUCUCGCAACCUGAAAUCGGGCAGCCCGAGCCAGGCGACGCUGCAGGCCAGCUCCAGGCUGCUGUCGGCCUCUGGAUCGACACACUACCCACAGAGAGGGACGAGCCUCAGCCAGUUCCAGCACUCCCCCCUCCAGGGAACCGGAGUAAGGACACAGUCAGGAAGCUUUUAGGACCUUGUUCAAGUGUGUUUGUGUGUGUGUGUGUGCGUGCGCGCGUGAGUGUGUAUGAAGCUGUGUACCCCCUCAGCCCCUGAAGCUGUGGUGAAAUGGGGCUCAGGGAGUGUGAGGAGGGUAAAUGUACAGACCUAAGAGGAGCAAGGACUUCUUUACGGAUUUCUCCUUUUCUUAUUUUCUGUCUUUUCUUUCAUUAUUUUCCGAAAAAAACAAAUGACCACAUUCUACACAAAGCUAAUCAUUGACUUUGGACAUCAUUAUGGAAUCAGUGGAAGAAGCAAUUUAGAUAAAACACAGAGGAAAAAAAAACAAGAAAUCACUUGUAACUUGAAAUUGUCCCCAGUGUUCGCUGAUGUGCCGGACUGUGCAAACAGGCUCUCUAAUGUCAAAAGCCAAAACUUCCUCACAAAUGUAUGUACAAAGUUAUAAAAAGCAUACCUGUUGUCAUGGCACCGAGGUUGGAUAAAUGAUGCAUAUAAAUGAGUCUGUGCUGCAGUAAAAGUGUUUGAUUAGGAAAAGGGGGAAAUAUAACAAGCAGAGGCAUCGUGUUAAUCAUCCGUUCUCGAGGUACAUUCGAGAGAUGGGGAGGAGGAGGGGCGUUUCCUUUAAUAGGGUCAUUCCAUAUGAUAACCAGCUUCCAUGUUCUCUCACUAAACAUGACACAGCCCUUUUUCCUCACGGUUCUGUCCGUUCCACUGGGUUUUUUUUAAUCUUCUUUUCUCUCAUCCCCACUGGACUGUUUUGAAUUCAUCUUAGGACAACUCCACUGUAGACUUCUGAUGUUGUACUUAAGACAUACAGGUCUUAUGAAUCAUGGUGCUGCAUUGUUUUUUUUGUUUGUUUUUUUCAAUAAAUUUGAAAUCCAGUUAUGUUCCCCACAUUUGGCUGCAUUCAUCUUGUCAUAUCAGUUAGGAUCCGUUUUGUUCUUCUCCUAAUUCAUACUUAUCGUAUGUCGUAGUGAUGGAAUGCAGGAACAAAAUAAGGGGUAGAUAAUCCAACUUUAUUUCUAAGUUAAAAUGUUAGUUUUUUAUCCUACAGGAGUUUUUAAAAUAAAUAUAUAUAUGUAUUUUUUUCUGACCAAUCCAUUGCAUUCCGUUUGACACAGAGGAAAACUGGGCAAAGGAAUCUUUGAGGGAGUGUUUGGAUUGUUUAUAAAACCUAGGUUUAAAAAAAGCUGCUGUGUUCUCCUGUGAUAGCUGCUUCCCUUUCCACAGAAUGCUGUAAUUUUAUUUCUGACUUUAAUUCAAGCGAUGGUACUCCUGGUCCCUGCAGGGGAACCUCAGAGCGAUGUCAGGCCGACAGCCGGAGUCGCUCUUUCCUCCCAGACUUUGUUGUUGGUGCGGAUGUGGAAAACCACUGCAUUUGUGUGGAAGACUACAAAGGACCGAGGGUCCAGUCAUGUGACUGGGCCCCACCUGCCACGACAGCAGCCCCCUCCUCCACCAUCACACAGAUGGGUACUCAUGUUACAUGAAUGUUUGACAGAUUCAAAAAAAAAAAGUUGUGACCCAAAAUUAACCAGCACCUUAAAAUGAAAGAGAUCCACCCUAAGACAAAAUAGGACAAUAUGUAUGAUUGUGUUUACUUGUAUAGAAAGAAAUGUGAUAUAGACUUGUAUGGAGAAAAUGUAGUACACUGAAUUUAUCGCAUGAUAUUUGUUUUUAGGGUCCGAGUGACCAACUUUUGUCGGAUGGUUGGAAGCUAAUCAUUGGAUCUUUUCCUGGGUUCCUCCAAAAACCAGACUCUGCAUUCUCUCUGUUUUUUGUAAAGAUCAUUCUGUUGGUUUUGUUUUAUUUUUUACACAGAUCAUAGUAGUAACUAUUUCAAUUGUCCCCUCCAAAAGAUUUAAAAAGCAAGAGAUGUAAUGCCUUUUUGAUAAUAAAAUAAUCAUGAUGGUAAUGUAUUUUGAAAACUACCAUUGUGAUGUGUCUUUUAAGGCAGUUGCUUGCAUGUAUUUGCACAAGUUGCUUCAGAUCAGGUGGUAAGAUGAUAGAAUGGCAUUCAUGUUUUUCUUUGUAUCAGGAAAACACUGCAGUGUGACCGGUGUGGUUGUAGUUCCACUUAUGUGACAUGGUUUAUUUUAGGACGACGGCAAUCAUCAAAUGAGGAUACAUGAACGCCCCCUGAUGUUUUAU